AUGGCUAAACCACGCGUUGCUAUUAUCGGCGCCGGUUCAUCAGGUUUAGCAUCCUUGAAACAAUGUCUUGCAGAUGAUUUAGAUCCAAUAUGCUUCGAACAAACAUCUUAUGUAGGAGGCCUUUGGAAUUUUGUUGAAAUUGACGAUGAUGAAAAUAAGGAUCCGCAUUCAUCAAUUUAUAAAAGUCUUAUUACUAAUGUUUCUAAAGAAAUGAUGACAUUUUCGGAUUUUCCAAUCCCUGCUGAAUGGCCAUCUUAUUUACAUAAUUCACUCCUCGCAAAGCCAUACAUCAAAUUUCGUACAACAGUUGUUCGUGUAUCCUAUCUUCCUGAUCAUCGUUGGAAAGUUAAAUAUAUUACUCGUGUAAAUAAAGAUCGAACUGAUGAAAAUCUCAAUAGUGAACAUGAAGAAAUAUUUGAUUUUGUUAUGCGUGUAAUUGUCGUAGGAGCCGGAGAUAGUGGAGUUGAUAUUGCUGUCGAAUUAUCUCAUUUCGCGUCAGAAGUGUAUUUAUGCACCCGUAGAGGAACACUCCCAUGGAUCCUACCACGCUUGGUCGGUGAAAAGCCAGUUGACCAAUUAUUAAAUCGUUUUUCUAACUACUUCCUUCCAAAUUCUUGUUCGGUCUUUACAAAACUUAUUACCCAGUCUUUAAAUUCCUAUCCACAAUCUCUCCGACCUACUACACCAUUUUAUUCUUCACAGCCAACUUUUAAACUUGAUAUUUUCGAACGUCUCAGUACUGGCACCAUUAUUGUAAAAAAAAAUAUUUUAGAAUUAAUGCCUGAUGAAUCAAAAUCAAUUAAAUUUGUCGAUGGAUCUAUCGUGGAAAAUAUUGAUGUGAUAAUUUAUGCGACUGGUUAUAAUAUAGAUUUUCCAUUUUUAGAUAAAGAAAUUGUUAAUGGUGGACCAGAAAUUGAAAAAGAGUUUGAAGGUGAAUAUAAAGAAAAUUUGACAUGGCUGUAUAAGAUGAUGUUCCCUCCAAAUUACCGUAAUAUCGCGUUCAUUGGUUUAAUCCAGCCAAUUGGAUCUAUUUUUCCUUUUAUUGAAAUGCAAACUCGUUACGUGACAAGUUUAACCAAAGGUUUAAUUAAUCCACUCCCAUCACCUCAAGAUAUGAGUAUCACAAUUAGAAAUUAUCAUGAAAAGGCCAAAAAGCGAUAUUAUUUAUCAGCAAGAAACACUAUUUAUGUUUAUCAUGUUGAUUACCUUGAUGAAUUAGCUCAAGAAUUAGGUUGUUAUCCUCAUUCUUUAGAGAUAUUAAAAAAAUUUGGGUUUAAUAUAUGGAAACUUGUUAUGUUUGGAAUUGCAUCACCUAUCCAGUAUCGAUUACUUGGAAGACAAUGCUGGGAGGGAGAAUUAGUAUAUUUACAAUUGCAAUAUAAAAACGGUCCAUCAAAGAUAAUUGCAAUGUCAAAUGAACUGCUUAGUAGCCCAUAUUUAAAUAUAAUCGCCAACUACGCCAAUAUUUAUUUACAAAGUCUACAGUAUUACGCAAUUUAA